UCUAAUCUUUUCAUUUGACCAUACUCGAUCGACCUGAUUAUAUAUUGAAUGUCAUCAGGGUUAUCGAUUCAACCAUCAAAUUACUCUACGAUGAGCUAUAGUAGCUUAGACAUUGACACGUAGGUCAUUUCAAAUUAAUUGACAAGAUAAUCAAGUAACCGAAGGGACGAAACCCACAUUGAAUCUAGCCCUAAAAGUUUGACUCCCACUUCCCAAAUACACAGACACCAAAAAUUACCCGUACUUCUCUCUACUAAAAGACACCAAAAACUAUUUUCGUUCUUAAAAAUAUGAGCCUUUUCAAGAAAAUCAGAGAAAAAAUCUUGGACUAAGAAAAUCCUUAGAAUUCUGAAAUGGAUUUGAAUAUGUUUCGUUCAUUUAUGGAGGAUUCAGGGCUUGAUGUUUGGACAGUUAUGGAUAUGGCAAUCACUGUGGCAUGUGAAGAUCAUGAGAAAGAGUUGAAGAACAGAAGGGAUGGGAUCAUCGAAAGGCUUUAUGCACAGGCAUUUUCGAGGUGUAAUAGCUGCGUUUUCAAUGGAUCAGAAGGUAAAGAAACUGAAAAGAUUGAAAAUUUUCAGUCAAAACAAGAAUUGCAAGCAGAGAAGAUGGUGGAUAUGAAUGAAGAAGAUGAUCAUCAGAAGAAUAUCCUUGAAAUUAAGAAUCUUUUGGAUGACCCGACUCAGUCCGAGGGUUGUUUGGUUGAACUGCUUCAAAGUCUAGCGGACAUGAAUAUUACUUUCAAAACCCUCAAGGAAACCGAUAUAGGAAGACACGCAACUCGACUGCGAAAACAUUGGUCGAAUGAUGUUCGUAGACUGGUUAAGAUUCUUAUCAGGAAAUGGAAGGAUACUGUGGAUGAAUGGGUUAGAUUGAAUACUCCCCCUCAAGAAACCGAUUCAUUUGGCGAUCAUGGGAGGAUUGACCUUGAAGUUCUUCCUAAUGUUGAUAUUCAAGAUGGUUCUGUUUCUCAGUAUCAGAUUUCAGCUAGAAAGCGUCUUCACGAUAAUUUCCAGGAAGCUCAAACUGGCAAAAACCCAAAAACACCACGAAUUAUGGAUUUAAAGAACAAGAGGAAAACAGUGGAUGCAGGUUUCAUCAAGAAUGGGAGAGCUUUCGCGUGAGAUAAUUGGCUAUUAACUGAAUUUUGCAGAUGGUGAAGUUCAGUGUACAUUGGAAGGUGCAUCGAUCUUAGCCGUGACAAGUGACUUGAGUACGGUUGAAAUAGGAUAACUGUAUAUUGAAUGGAGUCCCAUGUGAUUUUGUUGGGUGAUCGUAGAACUCAUUAAUGUGCUGCUUUGACUUAGGAAUUAUGUUGCCUCAUUUUCAAAUAAUUGGUGCGAAUUCUCUUGUUCACACAACAAAACAUCUGCAUUCCUUGAUCUUAUACAUUAUGUUAGAAAUUUUUAUUAUUA